GAGUACCGGAGAGGAUGCUGGAUGCUGAGACGGAGCUGCUGGCGAAACACUUUGUGUCACAGUGAAGCAGCUCUCGUCCCGACAGGAAAAAAAGAACAACACCACGUCUGUUUGAGCGCCUCAGGAUUGGGUGGACGAUGAACCGGUCUGGCGGCCCCCCGGGGGAGGAGCUCACGGAUGAGGAGAAGGAGAUCAUCAACAGUGUACUGGCUCGUGCGGCCCUGAUGGAGGCCAUGGAGCAAGAGAGGAUCGGGCGUCUGUCCAGUCGCCUGGAUAACAUCAAGAAGACGGCGUGUGGUGAUGGACAGUCGCACUGUUUGCUGUGCGGGGCGUCGUUUGGACCACAGGGGGUCACGGCCGUCCUCUGUGUGCACUGCAAAAACCACAUGUGUAGCAAAUGUGGGAUCAUGAGCAACAGCAGGUCGAGUCCUGUGUGGCUGUGCAGAAUCUGCAGUGAACACCAAGAGAUGCACAAGCGUUCAGGAGCCUGGUUCUUCAAGGGGAGAGACCAGCAGGGUCUGCCCGCCCCCCUUCCUCUGUCCAGAUCUCGACAGUCCAGCACUGAGAGCAGCUCUGCUCCGGCGGGUUACGAUGAACCACAGGAACCUCCAACACAUCAUCCACGACAUGAGCCUCAGCAGCAGCAGCAGUCCUGUGGAUCAGAGCAAUGGGAGCAGACAGCAAGAACAACAGCUGACAGCUAUAAUGAGAGCCAGUCCCAUCCAGCAGCUGUAAUGAAGACGGAGAGACAUGUGUUAGCAUCCAAACCACCUCGGGCAAAUGCGCAGCAGGCCGCCCCCACCUCAGCUCCUGCUGCAAACGUGGAGAACAAACACUCGGAGAGGAAAGAGACGGUGUCGCCUCCAGCUGCGGAGGAAAAAAGACAACCUGUUGUCCCCAGUUCCAUUUCAUCUCAUAUUCCUGCAACCAGAAUUAUUCCACCUGUUAAUCCCCCUGUCAACAAUCCAACUCCCCCAAGACCAACACCAGAUCGAACAGAGGAGGAGGACAAUGACUACGACUCAGACGAUGCCACUACUCUGGGGUCUCUGGAGUUCAGUCUUCUUUACGAACAGGAGAACCACACCCUGCACUGUUGUAUCAUUAAAGCUAAGGGUUUAAAGCCAAUGGACUCAAAUGGACUUGCCGACCCAUAUGUAAAGCUGCACCUGUUACCUGGAGCCAGUAAGUCGAACAAGCUUCGCACCAAGACACUUAAAAACACUCUGAAUCCUGUGUGGAACGAGACACUAAUCUACUACGGUAUCACUGACGAUGAAAUGUCACGCAAAACUCUCCGGCUUUCAGUGAGUGACGAGGACAAGUUUGGACACAACGAAUUCAUAGGAGAGACACGAGUCGCUCUGAAGAAACUGACCUUUAACCAGAAGAAGAACUUCAAUGUUUGUCUGGAGAGAGUGAUCCCGGUGAAGAAGGCUGUAGGAGGCUCAGCCCGCGGCAUGGCUCUCUACGAGGACGAUCUGAAUGAAGGUGACGAUUCAGAGGAAAGAGGUCGUAUCCUGGUAUCACUGAUGUACAACAGUCAGCAGAGUCGUCUGAUUGUGGGCGUGGUCCGCUGUGCUCACCUGGCGGCCAUGGACUCCAACGGAUACUCUGACCCGUUCGUCAAAGUAUGUCUGAGGCCGGACAUGGGAAAGAAAGCUAAAAACAAGACACAGAUAAAAAAGAAGACCCUCAAUCCAGAGUUUAACGAGGAAUUCAGUUAUGAAAUAAAGCACGCUGAACUCGCCAAGAAAACCCUGGACAUCUCAGUGUGGGACUACGACAUGGGAAAAUCCAAUGAUUUCAUUGGAGGAUGUCAGUUGGGCAUCCAGGCUAAAGGAGAGUGUCUGAAGCACUGGUACGAAUGCCUCAAGAACAAAGACAAGAAGAUUGAGUGCUGGCAUGUUCUGCUUAAUGACAACACCGUUCAGUUUGAGGAUUAAAACGUCAUCAUCCUUUCUCUCUCUUUCUCCCUGUAGAAUAUUGUCUUCCUGUGAGCACAGGUAGAUUGAUAUUAUCCUCUUAAUUUGAUGUAGGUUGUCUCAAAGUGCAACGUGCGAGCAACAUUUCCAACAGUUUUCAGUCGACGAACAUGGAUGUUGACCCUGGGGCUCUUUGUAAUAAUCACUAAAUAAAACCAGGAAGCUGAUAUUUUGUCAUUUUCACUGGUAUCAUAUCAUAAACUAUCACAUAAUAAAUAAACCCUACCUGACAUGAGGUAAUGAUUGAGGGGAGAGAUUAUCAGAUUUUAUGGAGAAGAUAAAACUCUCGUUAUCGUUGUCUUUAAUGACGCGAGCUCAGUCCCAACAGAGGGGAUUUCCACGUUUCUGUCUUUGACCUCUUUUCCUCCAGUGUCGAUCUGUCAUACGAGAUCAUGUACUGUGUUAUCAGCUGAUCUAUGUGACCACGUUGUUCAAGUGCUUGCAUCACCAAAACAUGCAUUUCACUUGUGUUAUUGUGCAUAAUUACUGUGCAUAUGUUGAAUAUUAAAUAGGACACUUUAAGAUGUUUGGUUGCUAAGAUGACGUGAACAAACUCCUUCUUUUCUUCAUAAUGUGAUAUGAAUUUAAGUUUUGAUACAGAAAACAUGUCGCUCUGAUUAUCACCACUGUCACUACAGUAUGUCUUCUCCUGUGCAUGUGUGAGCUUUCUUCUGGAAAAAUCAAAAAAUGCUUCUGCAUGACGUCUUAUUACGAAGAGCAAAUUCAAUUAUGCAACGUGGGCGCUGUUCCAGAAUCAGAUGUAUUUGACGGAUAUAUUCUAACGCCAGGUUAACUGAGCGGCUCUCAUGUUUUCAGCUACAUAUUCAACAUGUUUCUCUGUGUAUUCAUAUUGAUGCAUGUCUGAACUCAUAUUGUAGCACACGUGGCUAAUAAAUAAAGACAUCAUGGCA